AUGUUCACAGCGUCCGAGCAAAGGAUUUGCUGCAGCAUCGGGAUCUGUCUCCUGAUCGCUGUGUUGAGUGGCGUGGCAUUGUUAAAUCUUACCGUUUAUGUGACCUUUCCAGCGAUGAGGCUUAUCGAUGCAAACUUUCAGGAAAGGCCAGUGGUUUGUACGACCUUGGAUGCAGCAGACAACAUAAAGGAAGGCUGUGAAUGGGGCACGUGCGGCGAAUGGUGUCUCUCUAAGUCCAGCGGGUGCAUGCAGAUCUGGGUGUUGGUGAGACAGAACGGGUCGGAUAUGAAAGCCUCCGGAUGUCAAGGGAAAUCCCUCAAACAAGAAGAUUGCUAUCCCGUCACCAUUGAAGAAAUCAAAUCUAUCAAUUGUGCCGAAAAAGAGUGCAAACAGAUUACCAUGGAUGGACUGUUUAUCUGCAAGGAAGGCAAGUGUAAGGAAAUCACAAACAUGUUCACUUGCCCUAAGGAUGUGUUAGAGGAAAAUGUCAAGAACUGCAAGACAGUGUUCGAUUGUGAAGAGCUAGAUGGGUUAUAUCAAUGCUCCAAAAGCCUCUGUCAACGGCUGGUCAAGGAAGAUCCCGACCACGAAACUCACGACUCCGCAGACCCACACUACAUUCCAAGAGAACUUACAGAAUGCAAGGAGACAUGCACCAAUGUGAGGACUGAAAGAAGAAAUAUGUUAGUACUCCAUGGAUACUCCAUCUUCAUGGCUACAUGCACCAAACUAUCGACAGCAGAUGGGAAGCAUGUCCUCCCAUGGGAUGGAAACCAGACAGCUAUGGUCAUCUGCUCUCGAGUGUCCAACACUAGCAUGAAUCAGAAAGGGGAAGUUCAACUGAAUCUUCAUGAUUGCUUCCAUGGAGUGGAGGUAAAAUUGGAAGAUAAAGGAUACAGCAUCAAAGAUCUCAUGUCCAUCCACAAGAAUUCAGACUCUGGGAUUGAUCCUGAUGGUCAUUUCAUGCCUCUCUUGGAUGAAGGAGCUGUCAUCUACAACAAGACCAGACUCAUGGUGAACCUGGAAGGGUGUGUUAAUUCCCUGAGGGAUGAAUGCCGGGAGAUAUUCAAUACAAUGGGGAAGGAUGGCCAAGAUGGUGUUCAUCCACCAGCCAUCUUUCCAUGCUACUACUCUCCACACUUGAGUGAUACAGUGAUCCUGAAGCACAACCGAGAGAGGACAGUCAUGGAAGGAAUUCUGUUUGCAGCAAUCCCCCUAGAAAGUGAAGGGAGUGUGAGGAUGAGAUCAAGAGGCAAAAAGAUUGGAGGAGGAGAUGCAGGACAGAAGAAAGAGCAAAAGAACCCAUCCACUGUUAUGGAAAAAACUGCUUCAAGUCCAUGUCGACAACGUUCCAAUUCCACAAAGUCUAACAGAAAGGGAAGCCUGAAAAGCAGUAGAAUCAACCUCUACAAUGGUAAUGCACAGAAACACACAUCUUAUGAUGACCUGGGCCCAGACGUUGAGGUUACUUGGAAUGAAUAUGGGAUCCCAAUUGUGACAAGGCGAGCACCUCCCUUCCAAGAAAAAUUCAAGUUUGUCAUGACUGUCCUCUGCAGUCUCACUAUCAUACUUGAUUGCUUUGUCUUCCUCUUCUUGAUUCCUUUUGUCAUUGAUCCAUGCAUUUCAACCAUAUUGGCUCAAUUCAGUGAAGAUCCAGCUUUGUGCAUCACAAGCAAUGUCAACAGACUUGUUGGGAAUACCAACUGCAGCUGGAGUUCUUGUCGUGAGGGCUGUACUGCACCCACUGUCAGGUGCACCCAAAUCUAUGUGCAUUAUAUGACAAGAGAAAAUCAUGAUUAUCCAAAUCUACUCGAUUCAGCUACCCAAUCUGGCCAAUUACCAACAUCUGAGAUCUCCAGCUAUCGCUGGAAUAUGCUUAAUGCUGCUCUAUACAUUAACACCAAGGGAUGUGGUUAUUCUCCUUAUGUGAUCUGCUCAGAUUUUGAAGACAUGUAUGGAUACAUUGGAAAGUUGUAUGAAUGUCACUACAGCUUUGUGAAUAUGAGUCGAGUGGUUGUAGAGUAUUCCCCUCAAGAGAACCUCUUGAAUCUCAUUCUUGCCUCAGGAAUUCCAUUCAUCUUGUUUGUUAUUCCAACAUCAAUUCUUUGCUGUUGGUACUGCAACUGCUGCAGAGAAUCCUCAUGCUGCUCUGAUCCUUCACAUGAUAGUGAAUCCACGUCAAGCAAUGGAAAUGGAAUGUUCAUGCCCUCAAGCAUAAGUGCUCAACUAGAUGCAGUACAGAGCCAAUCUUCCCAUUACCAUCUGAGCCCUCAUCCCUCAAGGCCCUCCUCAGCUCCUGAGAAAUUGAAACAGUGAUAACUGAACCUAAGCAACUGUCCCUCCACAUUCUCAACAAUUUGAAUCUCAAAACGAAUCAGAAUAACAUCUCACAUCUCUGAUUUUGAUCUCACCAGCUUUUGUGUUGCAGGUGCAGGGUUUGUUCCUUCACAUAUAUGGUGUGCAUUUGAGCCUUUGAUAUGGAGACCAGAGUUGCACAUUGAAUGGUCCAAACUUGUGUGUGUGUGUGCAAUGAUGGCAAAAAUUUCACAGUGGGAGGGGAUUGUAGUUGGGCAAAGUCUACAAUUGACAAACCUAUUACUGAGAGUAGACUACCAAAUCUUGGAGUCUGUAGUCUUCUAUCCUCACUGCUUAGAAGUUUCCAUGCAGGCUAAUGUAGAAGUUGCGGAAAAUUUCCUGCAUUUUUGCAUUAUUUGCAGACAAUUCAGAUGAGAGGCCAGUCUUGUAGGACAGGGCGCAGGAAACUUUUUUUUUUACCCAAUGUGCAACUCUGAUUCAGACUAUAUGGAAUCUGCCCGUCCUUCCUUGCCUCUUUUCUAGUUUGAAUUUCCUGUCCUCAUAUUUGUAAAGAAUAUGAUUCCCUUCUUCA